AUGAAAGAAAACUUAUCUAAAAUCGAUUUAAAAAAAUCUGAAGAAGAUUUUAAAAUAUUAGAAAAACAAAUGAAUGUUUAUUUAAGUAACAAGAAGAAAUAUGAUGAUUUAGUUAAUCAAUUAAAUUAUGAAAAACUUUCUUAUAAAGAAUUACUCAAUUGUGAAUAUGAUAGCCCUACAAGUAUUAAUGAUGAAAUGAAUGAAUUAACACAAUUUAAUAAAAAAGUACUAGGUGAAUUAUAUAAGAAAAGAGAUGUUCUUUUAGAAAAUAAUGUUAAAAUUAAAAUGGAAAUUAAUUUAAUUAAUAAUUAUUUGAGAGAAAAUCAACUAACUUUGAGAGAUGAUAGUUUUAAUGUAAACAAAGAAGUUAAUAUUGAUAGAAAUUUUUUUGAGAAUGAAAAAAAGAUUUAUAAUGAUUUAAAGAUUAAAGAAAAUGAAUUAAUGAUGAAAUAA